UCUCGCAUUGCUUGCUAAUUCUCUUUCUCUGAGAACCCGCUUUCUCUCUCUCUCUGGGUGUUACGUAAUCGGAGAAUGGAGAUCGAUUCCGUGGCAGCUGGUUCGUGUUCAAAGGAGAAUCAACUGAUCUACAAGGAAUGGUUCGAAUUCGCCGAUUCAGACGGAGAUGGACGCAUUACUGGUAACGAUGCGAUCAAGUUCUUCUCCAUGUCCAAUUUGCCUCGACCCGAGUUGAAGCAGGUGUGGGCAAUUGCAGAUGCGAAGAGGCAAGGGUAUCUUGGUUUCAAGGAGUUCAUUGUUGCUAUGCAGCUCGUUUCUUUGGCUCAAACUGGACAUGAGAUAUCCCACGACGUUCUUCAUAGCGACGUUGACUUCAAGAAUAUGAAUCCUCCUGUUAUGGAAGGUCUUGGUGUUUUAAUGGCGAAGAAGAAGCAUUCAUCAUCAAAGUCCAGUGAUCUUAAUGUUAAUGGUAGUCCUUCUGCAGAUGCAUCACUCACAGCUCAUUGGUUCUCUUCAAAAUCUUCAAAAAAGAUUUCUCUGUCCUCCGUAACAUCUAUAGUUGAUGGCCUGAAGAGGUUGUACAUUCAGAAGCUGAAGCCACUCGAAGUUGCUUAUCAGUUCAACGAUUUUGUAUCCCCUUUGUUGACCAAUAGUGACUUCGAUGCAAAACCCAUGGUAAUGCUUCUGGGUCAGUACUCCACAGGAAAAACAACAUUCAUUAAGCAUUUGCUUAAAACUAGUUAUCCCGGAGCUCAUAUUGGACCAGAACCAACUACUGACAGAUUUGUUGUUGUCAUGUCUGGACCUGAUGAAAGAAGCAUUCCAGGGAACACAGUAGCGGUUCAAGCAGAUAUGCCAUUCAGUGGUCUUACAACUUUCGGGACUGCCUUUUUGUCGAAGUUUGAAUGUUCUCAGAUGCCUCACCCUCUGCUGGAGCACGUAACUUUUGUCGACACUCCUGGAGUUUUAUCAGGGGAAAAGCAACGGACACAGCGAGCAUAUGACUUCACUGGUGUUACAUCAUGGUUCGCCUCUAAGUGUGAUCUCAUCCUCCUCCUGUUCGAUCCACACAAGCUGGAUGUGAGCGAUGAGUUCAAGCGGGUUAUUUCAUCUUUACGAGGUCAUGACGACAAGAUCCGCGUUGUUCUGAAUAAGGCUGACCAAGUGGACACUCAGCAGCUAAUGAGAGUAUAUGGUGCUCUCAUGUGGUCGCUCGGGAAAGUUCUCAAUACUCCUGAGGUUGCCCGUGUCUACAUUGGUUCGUUCAGUGAUAAACCCAUUAAUGAAGCUGCAACUGGUCCAAUUGGGAGAGAAUUGUUUGAAAAGGAGCAAGAUGACCUUCUCGCUGAU